GCUCCCCACGGCUGGACGGACCCGUGGCCCCCUUGGCUCUUCGCCCGAGGCUCGCGCCGCGUGCCGGGGCCAUGGGCUGCACGCAGGCGAGGGCCUCGGAGUUCGGCGGCCGCCGCCCCGCGGAGGGUCGGGCCGAGGCCGAGGCCGCCGGGGGCGCCGAGGCCGAGGACGCGGCGGUCGAGCCCGAGCAGGCGGUCAAGGGCGAGUGCAGGUGCCCUCCGCGGUCGUGGGAGCCAGGCCGCGCGGCCGGGGCGAGCGUCGCGUCGAUCGGCGGGCGGGCGCGCUGGUGCGCGGACGAGCUCGUGAUCGCGCACAGGGACGGCAGGGUGCACAGGUACGGCGGCGGCGGUGAGGGCCCCUCGGCCGCCCUCGUGCUCGGCGGCGGCGAGCACCUGCUCAAGAUCACGCAGCGCUGGGGGGGCGCGGGCGUCGGCUCGCAGAUCCUCUUGAUCACCUCGCAGCACCGAGUCUUUGCCCUCGAGGGCCGCGGGAGGAGCUGCGGCGACGAGAAGGUCGAGGUCAUAGCGGAUGGGCGGCAGGAGAUCGUCGCGCUGCGACUCGGCGAGGACGGCAAGCUCGUGGAGGUGAUGCUCCGGAGGCUGGACGGCGGGGGCGCGGUGUGGGUUCCGCCCUACCGGGGUCCCAAAGGCGAUGCGGUGCAGCGCAUGCACUGCCCCGUCUUCCGUGCCGAGAUGGAGCUGGCGUUUGCAAUGACUCGACUGAAGACAGCGCUGCCAGCGCCACAGUAUUGGCGUGCGCCGCAGUCGCUCUACUGGGGUCCGGGAGGAUGGGAGCUUUUCGCCGCGCCUGAAUUCAAGCAGCAGGCGCAGGAGGUGAUUACUGCUACGUGGCUUCCGCGCAAAACGCGGGACCGUACGGGGCGGUUGCCGUCUGGGCUGAAGGUCCUGAGCGUCGAUCGGCUUCAGAAUUGCUUGCUUUGGCAGCGGUACCAGGACCGCAAGACGGAACUGCUCAGCCGUGGCCCUUGUGUGCCCGUCUCGGAGCUCGACGGGGUUGCAGAGACGGGCGCGGUGAAGACGGCUGUGCUCGCGCAGGGCGCAGAGCUGUCCGCGGAGGUCAACGAACAUUACCUGUUCCACGGUACCAGCAUCGCAGGGGCCAACGGCAUCACGCAGCACGGCUUCCAGAUCGCGCGGGCUGGGGAGCACGUCGGCACCAUGUUCGGGGCCGGCUGCUACUUCGCGGAGUGCUCCUCGAAGGCCGACGAGUACGUGCACGACACGGGGCUGAAGUCCGUGGCGAACGCAUUCAAGCGCAAAGGCGCAGCUGAUUCGGCUGGUGCGGGCGGCGGGACGUUCGCGCUGCUCUUGUGCCGCGUUCUCUGCGGACGUCUCUUCCGGGUAACGCAGAAGGACCCAGAGGGCAUCAGUGCGGCCCUGGCGGACGGCUACGAUUCGGUGCUCGGGGACCGGGAGGCGUCCGUCGGCACGUACCGGGAGUUCGUCUCGUUCAACCAGGAGAACAUCUAUCCGGAGUACAAGAUCAUCUAUGAGCGCGUCUACGAGGAGUUCGGAUGAACCCAGAUUCGACGAGACAUGGGCUCCAGCUGCAUCGGCUCGGGGCUGCGGGGCCGGGCGCCGCCGUGGAGGACCUGCGGCCUCCCGGCGCGCUGCGAGCUGGCCCCCGCUGCGGGGUGGCCCGUGGGACGUCCCUCCUGCAGGCCCUGUGGCGGCCAGAACAGGCGGUGCGGCUGCCGCUGUCCCAUGGUGUGGGCCGCUGGGGCCAUCGACUCCAGAUGGGCCCUGGUGCCCCGCGAUGCUCAAUCAGAGCCCGCGGGUGUGGAAGAACGCGCCGGGUCAUUGGUUUGCUGGGCCGUCGACCGCACCGAGCCCUCGCGCGCCGUGGCCGCCCGUGCCGGAGGCCGCGCGGCGCUGGCUGCCGGCGCGCCCGGGCGCUGCCCCGAAGCUCCACGCGGC